AUGCUUGCCACGCCUACUAUUCCGCACUCGCAUUUUGGCCAGUCGCAGCCUUUUGGGGCGUUGCCAAUGCCAAUGGCACCCCGUGCGCUGCCGGUGUCGCGUUCGGCGACACUACCGGCGCCAACGCCCAUCCCAUUCCACCCUGCACAGGCGCAGACUCAACGCUCUUCAGGGGUAAUAGUCUUACACCCGAAGCCUCAACCCCAGGUCAUACACCCACUGCCAGCCCGUGCUUUGCCAGCGCACGUCCUACCCGCAUCCCAUACUGCAUCAUCACCCAUUCACCCUUUGCCCGCGCACCACUCUCCUGCUUCUGCGCACCUUCAUACAUCGCAAGUCAUACCUGUGCCAACGCCGCGCGUGCCAGAUGACGGUGUACGGCGCUUGUCGCACCGGGCUCCCGUCAUGGCCCACGCAUCAUCGAUGUCUGCCCUGCACCAUUCAUCAAAGACUCAUCCUCUACCAAUACCACCUGUCGGCAAGCUCGCGGUACAGUCGCCACCCGCUAGUGCACAUCCUCUACGCGACGUCCCUCCACCACUCUUGAUCCCACUCCCGCCGAUUCCUGCUUCGACAAACAACAUCGUAUCCGUCGCGCACCCACAACCGACAGUUCCUCUCUCCGCCCCUUAUCCCAACAGUCCGGCGAUCCCAGCGACAAACGAAGUGCCACUGACGCCUACGUCGCUCACACACGCUUUGAAUACGCUCUCCGAUCUCCUCCUGCCUCAUUUCGGGCACCAGGUCCGAUUGCUUGUACACGGUGGCGUUGUUGCGGUGCUCCACAAGGAUCUGCGCCACAGAAGGGAGACGCGGGAUGUCGACUACGUCCACAGAGCAUUUGAGAACGAUUACCGUGCGGCAUGCGGUGGACGCGCGGGAGACGUGCUCCGCAAUGCGAUACGAGAGACGGCGCAGAGAUGCGGUCUGGGCGCCGACUGGUGUAACUCUGGGCCCGACGUAGCGCUUCCGCUGGCCAGCGACAACAUGCAGCGCACGUACGACCCCAUUGCCACAUCCUCCACCACGCUGUCAACGGACACGGACGAACGCGAAGUGUUCGCAGCUCCCGGGCUGCGACUCGUAGCCGUUGAUUGGGCAUGGGCACUUGCGCUGAAGUUUGUGCGAUAUGCGAAGCACGACCCGGAUGAUGUCUGCGCCCUUCUGCGGAUGCUCUACUGGAAGAAGCAACGUUCGUUCACGCCUAGCCAUCUCGAACAAUGGAUAACGACUGCGUGCUGGCCCAUGGGGUACGAUCGCUAUCCAGCACCUGCGCGAGCGGAGCUCAGCGACAGGAUAGAGGAUGCACUCGCACGCGCUUAUGGUCCCGAGUGGGCUGCGAGGCGACGCGAACACGCUCGCGAGAAGCAGCGGCGCCGCUCGAAGUCGCGCAGCCGAUGA